UUUGCAUCGCGGUACUUCGAUCAUGCCAUGAGCUUCCACAUAUGAUUCGGACAGCGAUGUGGAUGGUAGCCACUUGUUGACCGAGACCAGACACCAAGCCAAGCGGCGUGAGCGACUACCCAUCGAUCGACAACAAUGGCUCACUCCUCGUCCAUCUUCCAUCGAAAGCUGGGGCACACGUACCCCACGGCCACCGGGGGCCAGGGAGUCUAUGUCCACACCAGCGACGGCAAGAAAGUGCUCGACGGCAGCUGCGGCGCUGCCGUGUCGUGCCUCGGCCACGGACACCCGGCCGUCAUCGCCGCCAUCGUCGACCAGGCCCAGGCGCUCGCAUUCGCGCAUACCUCGUUCUUCACCAACGGCCCGGCCGAGAAGCUGUCCACGCUGCUGCUUAGUCUCAGCGACGAUGCUUUCUCAAAAGUCAUGUUCGUCUCCUCUGGCUCCGAGGCCGUCGAGGCGGCCCUCAAGAUUGCACGGCAGUACCACGUGUCCAACGGCCAGCCAGGCCGCGUCAACUACGUCGGCCGCAUGUUCGGGUACCACGGCAACACGUUUGGCGCCCUGUCCGCGGGCAACAACCCCCAGCGCCGGGCGACGUUCGAGCCCGUCCUGUCCAAGGCCUUCCACCAUGUCUCGCCGUGCUUCUUCUCCCGCGACGCCCAACCCGGCGAGAGCGAGCAGGGCUACGUCGACCGCCUGAUCGCCGAGUACGAGGACCUGUUCCAGUCCCUGGGGCCCGAGACGGUAGCCGCCGUCAUCCUGGAACCUAUUUCUGGUGCGACGCUGGGCUGCGUGCCCCCCACGGCGGGAUACCUCUCGCGCAUCAAGGAGCUCUGCGCACGGCACGGGGCCCUGCUCAUCUUUGACGAGGUCAUGUGCGGCAUGGGCCGCGCGGAGACCACGCACGCCUGGCAGGCGCUCGGCGGGACGCGGCCGCACAUCCAGACCAUCGGCAAAGGUCUGGGCGGGGGAUACCAGCCCAUCUCAGCGGUCCUGGUGGCCAGCGAGGUGCACGACGUCAUCGAGGCGGCGCAGGUGUCGCUGCCCUUUGUCAAUGGGCACACGUAUCAGGGCCACCCGAUCGGGUGCGCGGCGGCGCUGGCCGUGCAGCAGACGAUUGUGGACGAGAAGCUGCUGGACAAUGUCACGAAGAUGGGCGAGCUCUUGGUCAGGAGGAUCUUGGAGAUGACACCGCAGGUCAAGGAAGUGCGUGGCGUGGGCUUGUUCCAGGCGGCCGAGUUCCGCCCCGCGGAGACGACAACGACCACGGCAGGGACCACAACAACAUCAAAGCUGGCUGCAAAGGUUGCUGCCAAGUGUCUGGAGAACGGGGCAGCCGUGUACCUGUGUUCUACGGCGGUCGAUGCUGUCAUGUUUGCUCCGCCGUUCAUCAUCAGUGAGGCCGAGGUGGACGAGCUCGUGGCCAUCUUCUCGUCCUCAGUCACUCAAGUCUUGGCGGAACUAUAGAUAUGCUAGUUAACUGCAAAGAGUCGCGUUCUUCUCGCCUCCAAAUCGACUGAAUCAUCUUCCACUCGGCUUGAGGGCAUUGUAACUGAGACGGGA